GCUGCUCUCUGGAGAAAUUUCUUCCCAUUCUUGAAGAGCCUGAGACUUUCUCAAACACCUCCCUCCCAGCUAGCUGACACGGCAGCAGGCUACACACUUCUGGCUUUGGACAUACCUAGCAGUGCGCCACUUGAGCUUCAACCUCAGCCCUUUGUGUCAAUGAUGCAGUUAUAUGGAUGGGAUGACAUGGUCACUCCCCAGCUGGUGUGCCGCUAUCUGAGCCAUCUAAUUGCAAACAGAACAUUAACUGAGGCUCUCAAUGGCAUUGGAAAUGCAGCUUAUCAGGCCCUGUCAAUCAGAACAUGGAGUCGAUGUGUUUUGCAGAUGUAUGUUGAUCAGCCAGUAGGUGGUACAAUUCGGACAGACACUGAACAAUCGUCACUACUUUCAGAACAGCUCACAGAACUAACCCGGUUAGUAUUCAAGCUGCCUGAAGUAGAAAACAUGUUUGUUAAAGCUCAAAUCGAACCAGCAAGUUACAAACAGGAUCCAAAAAGUGCACUUUUGCAGUUUUUUCAGGUAGUUGGCAUA